AUGUCCUCUACGCCAUCUCACCCACUCGCCUCCUUCUCAUCUCGCGAUUCCGCUCCCGCUAAUCCACUCCAGCCCUCAGUUCGUGAGUUAUACGGUGUAGGCCGCGGUCCCGGUUCAGGUUCGGUUCGCGCCCCGUCCUCCGGACCAGGCUCGGAAUCUGCCUCGGCACAACAACCCGUAGGUUUGGCAACACAAGGAGCUCACCUCGCGGGAGGAUCUCCUGGCCUGGCCGCGCGGGGGAUCGCUGGUAGCGCCAAGACUGGUUCUGGCACGAUUUCCGUCGCAGAUAACGGCGGAGAUGACGUGGAAAGAUGGAGGGAGGCGGUUCAGGGGCUUCGCGACGCGGAGAGCUUGGUGGGAGCGCUGGAGCAGCUGCUGCUGGGACCAGAUACGCUGUUUCUAGACGCAAACGCGAUGCGAUCGGCGCGGAGUGUGUACGAAGGGCAACGGCAGUUGCAUGCACUGAAUAGGCGCGUGGCGGGGCUGCAGGGGGAGCUGGACGCGGCAGUGGAGGCGGCGAGGGAGGCGCGCGCGGGGAGGCGCGAGAGCGAGGAGGAGCGGCGGCGCAUGCAGGACGCACUGGCACAGGCGCAGCGAGACAUGGAGGCCACCUCAGGCGUGUUUGACCUGUACACGAGUGAGCUGCGGGGCCGGCAGCAGCAGCUGGAACGCGCAGAAGAGGAGGUGCGAAACCUGCAGGCCCGCCUCCGUGCCGUGCCCUCCCAUCCCGCCACCUCUGCCCACUCCUCCCCCCAGUCUGCCUCCCAUUCCUCCGCCUCUGCCACGUCCUCGAUUUCUUACUCCUCGGCUUAUGGCUCUGUCCACUCCUCUGCUUAUGCCUCUGCUGCGUCAUCAGUAUAUGGUUCGGCGAUAGAUGUCCCUGCGUCCCCGGCUCUUGCAACGGGAGCUGCCCCUGAAAUCAUCACUGCUACCAGCACCACGGACCAUUCUGUGCUAGCCAGCCCCUCUCCUCUUUCCAUGCCCUCUCAGACACACGCUUCAGUGCACAGCCCAUUGGUGGAAGCAGAACAGCAAGUGGCAGGUGUGGUGGAGAGGACAGGUGCGGGAGCUGUUGAUGCGCUGGGAGGCAGGCAAGGGGAGGAUGAGAGGGAAAUGAGGAAUGGCAGGGAGGAGGAAGGGCAGGAGAUGGGGACUGUUGGAGUGAGUGAUGGCAGUGGUAGGGUUGCUUCCCAGGCGGAAGGCACCGGUACCAGCAAUACAGAAGGGGAUGAUGACGAAUUUGUGGAUUCUCUACAGUGA